AUGUCCGGGCUGUCGCAACGGCGGGGUGGCAGAGCGCCGGUGUCACCGAACCCGAGGCGCUCGGCAAGGCAGACGGCAUCACCUACUCGCUCUGAUCAAUAUCGCGCAGCACCCGUCGAGCAAGAUGCAAGCGAGCAGCUCGACGAUCCUCACAAAGCCCAGCUCGUCUAUGCAAACGGCUCGGCCAGAAUCAGAAGAGACGAUCAGAGCAUGCUGCCUGAACACGAGCCGGUCGACAAGCCUGCAGUCGAUGUGCUGGUCGUCUGUUUGCUCACACUACUAGCAGCACUGUUGCGCUUCUAUCGCAUAGACCAUCCCUCGGGCGUCGUCUUUGACGAAGUGCACUUCGGCAAAUUUGCGUCUUACUACAUUCGCGGCGAAUUCUUCUUCGACGUGCAUCCGCCGCUCGCUAAGCUCAUGCUCGCUUUCGCUGGCUGGCUAGUUGGCUACGAUGGUCAUUUCGAGUUCGAGAACAUCGGCGACGAUUACAUAGCCAACAAUGUGCCGUACAUCUCAUUGCGCGCUCUGCCCGCGCUCCUCGGCACGCUUACGGUACCCGUGAUCUAUGGAAUCAUGCGCGAAAGCGGCUAUCCGCGCAUCGUCGGCAUCCUUUCCGCCUCGCUACUGCUCUUCGAUAAUGCUCAUAUCGUCCAGUCAAGGCUGAUACUGCUGGACGCACCGCUGAUCUUAUUUAUGGCACUGUCCCUGUACUGUUACGUGCGCUUCCACAAGCUGCGCUAUCAUGAGUUCUCGCCGGAGUGGUGGUUCUGGCUGUUCGGCACUGGCGUCUUUCUCAGUCUGACCAUCAGCUGUAAAAUGGUUGGACUCUUCACAUUCUUCACGGUCGGCACAGCUGUCGUCAUCGACUUGUGGAAGCUGCUCGACGUCAGACGAGGCUACACGAUGAAUCAUGUUGGCAAGCACUUUGCAGCGAGAGCACUCGCUCUGAUCGUGGCGCCGUUCCUCCUCUAUCUCUUCUGGUUCUGGGUCCACUUUGCAGUCCUCACGAAGAGCGGACCAGGCGACGAAUUUAUGACACCCGCAUUCCAGGAAACACUGAUGGGCAGCCCAUUGAUGCUACAAUCCCUCGAGGUCAGAUAUUACGAUUCUGUGAUCAUUCAGCACAAGCAAACGAAGGCAUUCUUACAUUCUCACGUUGACAAGUAUCCACUACGAUAUGAUGAUGGCAGGAUAUCCAGCCAAGGCCAGCAAGUGACUGGCUAUCCUUUCAAUGAUACGAACAAUCACUGGCAGAUUUUACCGACGAAACAGCUCCCCGACACCGGCAGGGGCAGACUAGUACGUAAUCACGACAUCAUCAGACUCUUGCAUGUCAAUACAGACACCGUUCUGCUCACGCACGAUGUUGCAAGUCCCCUUAUGCAAACCAACACCGAAUUUACGACUUGGCCGAUCCAAGACGAGACGCGUUACAACGACACUACCUUCGAGCUUGACAUAGACGGCGGCCAUGAGGGACAGCAAUUCAAAUCGAAAAGUCAUCACUUCAAGCUCAUUCAUGUUCCUACGCGCGUCGCAAUGUGGUCACAUCCCGAUCCUCUGCCGACUUGGGCUUUCAAGCAGCAAGAAGUCAACGGUAACAAGGCGCUUACCGACAAGACCAAUGCGUGGUUUGUCGACGAGAUUCUCCUCGAUCCUCUGAGCUCGGACCCGCGCCUGCAGCAAUCGACAGAGGUGCCAAAGCCCAAAAAGCUCAGUUUCUUCCGCAAGUGGCUUGAGCUACAAGUGGCAAUGCUCCAGCAUAAUGCCGGACUUACGGACUCGCAUCCAUACGCGACUGGUCCAAUCAACUGGCCAUUCUUAUUGAGCGGCAUCAGCUUUUGGACAAGUCCCCCGGACGACCGCCAGCAAAUUUAUCUUAUCGGCAAUGUCGUCGGCUGGUGGUUCAGCAUCAUGGCCAUGUCCGUCUUUGUUGGCAUCCUUGGCGCAGAUCAGAUCGCCCGUAGACGAGGUCUAUACCCCUUGCCAGAAGCCGUGCGAGAUCGUAUGUACAACUCAACCGGCUUCUUCCUCGUGGCUUGGGCAACGCACUAUUUCCCUUUCUAUUUGAUGACACGACAACUCUUCCUGCACCACUAUCUGCCGGCGCAUCUCGCCUCGACUUUAGCAGCAGGGGCGAUAUUCAACUUCAUCGCGACGGAAACCAUCAACUUUCCCGUCUCGAUCACAGGUCCCAGCUCGCCUCAGCGUCCAAGAGAGCACGCUCAAGUAAGUCUGGCGAUGCGCGUCUGCGUACUGGUCAUCGUCGCUUUGCUCGCAAUCACAUUCGUCUAUUUCGCGCCAUUCACCUACGGUACUCCUGGCCUGGAUCCAGAAGGUAUCAACCGGCGCAGGAUUCUGUCCUCAUGGACAGUGCACUUUGCAAAGUAA